GGAGUGUGGACACAAUUAUAUUAGUUAUACCGGUAGCUGGGUUUUUGAUAAAUUUGUAAACUCUGCGAUAUCUUACCUCAUUUUAUUUUGCUAGUAUUUUUCUCUAGUCGACAUUAAAAAAAGUAAUCAUGUCUCAUUUUAAACUGAUUUCUUCAACUAAAGCUUCCGAUGUUAUACCUGUUAAUAAAUAUGUUUCCGAGAAAACUGGAUUAAAAGUAAUAAUAGCAGACGUCGAGGGUCCUUUGGUAAAAGGAUUUUUUUCUCUUGCAACCGAAGCUCAUGAUGAUGACGGUCUGCCGCAUACUUUGGAACAUCUCAUCUUCUUGGGUUCAGAGCGAUACCCUUACAAGGGAAUCCUCGACUUACUAGCUAACCGAUGCAUGGCACAUGGCACCAAUGCUUGGACCGACAUUGACCACACUUGCUAUACCAUUCACACGGCGGGAAACGCUGGGAUGUUGACUCUACUGCCUAUCUACCUCGAUCAUAUCCUUAGACCUACACUCACUGAACAGGGCUUCAUUACUGAGGUCCAUCACGUUGAUGGAGAAGGUCAAGAUGCAGGCGUUGUGUACUGUGAAAUGCAAGGACGAGAAAACACAGCUGAUUCUAGAUGUGAAUUAAGAUUACAAAGAGCUAUGUAUCCCAAUAGUGGAUAUUCAUCUGAAACUGGAGGAAUUAUGGAGAAUCUUAGAAUAUCUACCAACAACACUAAAGUUCGUGAUUAUCACAAGAAAUUUUAUAGAGCAGAAAAUUUAACAAUUAUAUUAACAGGUCAAAUUGAAGCAAAUGACGUGUUCAAAGCACUCGCUGUUGUAGAAGAUGACAUCAUGGCAAAGAGGGAAAAGGAGAUUCAAGAAGAAUGGGUUAGGCCAUGGCAAACUAUUCCUCCCCCACCAAACUACGGUGAAUUGAGAGAACAGUGGCCUGCUGAUACUGAAGAUUGUGGACAGGUGCUGUUUGGCUGGCGCGGGCCGCUGCUGACGAGCGAGACAGCGCUGCGCGAGCUGACGGGCUGCGCGCUGCUGCUGCGCUACCUGUGCGACACGGCCGCCGCGCCGCUGCAGCGCCGCCUCGUGGAGCGCGAGGACGCGCUGGCGGGAGACAUAUCGUACAAUCUAAAUGAGAACAUAGCACCAAUGAUCAAAAUCGAGUUACAAAAUGUACCAAUUGAUAAAUUGGAAACUGCCCGAGAUGAAGCUCGUGCGUGUUUGAAAAGUCUCGUCUCAGGAGAGGAAGCAAUUGACAUGGACCGUAUGAAACGUCUGAUAAAAAAGCAGUUGAGAGAAACUGUGGCCAGUCUUGAAUCUGACCCACACCAUGCCAUUGCUUUCAGAUGUAUUGGCGAUGCUCUGUAUUCACAGAAUGAACAAGAUUUUGUAUCUCGUAUGAAUCCUCAACAAACCCUCCAAGAAUUACUUUCUGAAAAUGGUGUCUUUUGGUUAGAUCUUCUACAGAAAUAUUUCAACGAUGACUUGGUUACAGUAAUCGGCUCACCAAGCAUCCAAUUGCAGGCUAAAAUGGCAGAAGAAGAAAACAAAAGAAUACAAGCACAGAGGGCGCAAUUGGGUGAAAGUGGAUUAGCAGAUAAAAAGAAACAACUCGAGGAAGCUGUGGAGUUCAAUGAGCGCCCGCCGCCCCCCGGUACUCUGGCAGCAGUGCCAGUACCGCCGUGCGAUUCGCUGCACUGCCACGCCAUCUCCACUUGGAGCACCGACUCGGACUCCGGCUCGUGUCCACACUUCGACUUAUCGCAACUGCCAAUUUUCGCGCGCGUGCACAGCUUACACACCAACUUUGUCUACAUUAAUUUAAUCCUUGAUACAUCAAAAGUGGACGAAACUACCCGCAAAUGGCUACCCCUGCACUUGAACGGUCUCGCUGAGUGUCCAGUGAGACGCGGCGACGACCUCAUAUCUCACGAAGAAGUAAUAUCCGCCACAGAACAACUAACGGUCAGCUUCUCCAAUGCCAUAGGUUUUGGUAAAUCGGGAAACUUCGCUGUUGGAAAUUUUGGACAUUUCGUUAAUGUCGAAACGAGGUGCGAACCAUCUGAUUACGAAGAAGUUGUUAAUCUUUUAUUCGAAGUUUUGUAUACAGCUGAAAUUACAAAGGAAAGACUUUUAGUUUUUAUUCAAAGACUACUUAAUGAUGUGGCACAGGUGAGAAGAAAUGGCCACAAAAUGGUAUACAGCAUACUUCGUGACUCACUGUACUCCAAGGACAGCAAUACUCAUUGGAGUUCCGUACUCCGUCAGCAGAAGUUCCUCAAAGAACUAAUGGAGCAGUUGAACGCGGGUGGAGAUUCAGCCGAAUCGGCGAUAAAAGAGGCGAAACAGACAUUCAGAAACCUAACUGAAAAUGUUUGGUUACACCUCGCUACUGACUUUGAGCGGUACAAACUGAGCGUAGAACCUUGGAAGAAAUUUGCGAGAGGCAAAGAUACCGCUCCUGCCAAACCACAUCUGUACUUGGAUGCGGAGCUGAUGAACAACAGCAGUGGGGGUAUGGUUGUGGGAGUGGGAGGGUUGGAGUCUUCGUUCCUGGUGCAGAUGAGCGCCGGCCCGGUGGGCUACACGGUCAGCGAGGCCGCGCCCCUUGCUGUCGCUCUCAACUACUUCACGCAACUUGAGGGCCCGAUGUGGCGCCUGAUCCGCGGCUGCGGCCUGUCGUACGGCUACGGCGUGGCGGCCAGCCCCAGCGAGGGCCGCGUCGUGUUCUCGCUCUACCGCGCCUCCAACGCCGUGGCGGCCUACUCGCGCGCCAAGGACAUCGUGGAAGAGUAUUUAGCAGACGGCAAGUUCGAUGAGGAUUUAUUCGCUUCGGCAAAGAGCACGGCUCUGUACGAAGUAGUGGCGAACGAGAAGUGCCCCGCUGACGUCGUGAGCCAGUCUCUCCUUAAUUACAUCAAACAAGCUGGGGACACUUAUAACAGGGAGCUGGUGCGCGCCAUCGCGGCGGUGUCGGCGGCGGCGGCGGCGGCGGCGGCGCGGCGCUGGCUGGCGGCGCUGUUCGGGCGCGGCGCGCGCCUGGCCGUCGCGUGCCACCCCGGCAAGGUGGCCGACGUGCAGGCCGCCUUCCGCAAAAUUAACGUGGACAUGGACGCAUUCGAUUCCAUGGAAGCCUCUCAUUUCAACAAAUAAGCUAUGGAAACUGUAUUAUUUUUGCAUUUAUUGUAAGUCUAACACUAGUAUUUUUUUAUCUCAAUGUCAAUGAAAAACAGUUAUGUUAUCAUUAUUAUAAACUUUUAUAUAGAAACAACACUGCUUGGCUGUGCCUUAUCAUAUUUACUUAAAUUUAAUAAAUAUAAUAAAAAUGAGAAAUCUGUGCUAUAUGAAUUUAAACAUGUUGUAAUAAUAUCCAUAAUUUUUAUUUUCCCAUGGUAAUAAAAUAAAACUAAUAUUAUUAUGA